UAUACCAAGCUACACGGUGAGUGACCAUGGAGUUUACGUAGUUUAGUUAUUAUAUAGUUUGUUAUUAUAUUACUAUUAUAGCGUUAAAUACUUUAUAUUAUAAACCCAUAACAUACAAGGGAAAAAUAGUGCUGUAAUGCUCGACGACGUCAAUGUCAGUAAUGAAUUGCGACAAGUACCCGUUAAGGACUUGAUACCGGAAAGUCAGUUGGCGAUCGUCGCAGGCGACUCCUUCGUUUCGGACCCAGUUGUCUAUGAUGGCGAUGACGUGUACGAAGUUAAUCUGACGCGCGACAAUCGUAUCGACCGACAAACUUGUCGUCGGUUUUCCAACUCGGAGACGUGGAUGUUACUUGACACCGAAUAUUUGUUUCUCAGAUGCAUCGCCGGCGAGAAUGCUAAUGAUGUAGAAAAUUUUGUUGCGUAUGCAGAAAAAAACUAUUGGUUAGGUGGAAAAAAUAUAUCUUUGAAGUUGGACGUAAGCAAAACCAUAUUUAAUAGACGAACUAAAUUGGUAUUACAUAAUUCCAAACCUCAGAAAUCUUUAGACUACCAUGUUAAAAAUACAUCUAAGCCGUUCAAAAAAACUAAUUUCGUACUUGAAGAUUGGCCUUACGUUAACUUAAACGAGCCAUUAAUAUCAAAAGGAACUGAUGAUGAACUCGCACCGUGGAUGAGAUCACGAAACAAACAAUUUAACACCUGCCUUCCUAUAGAGUUUGUUAAAACGCAACAAUCAGUUUUUUCGACGCACGAAUAUGAUUUGUUGCAAGGAGACAGGAAAUUACAGCAAACACUGCAGCAACAGAAUCAACAUCCACCGCAUCGACAACCAAUUCAACCGCACCAACAACAAUAUGAACACCUUUACAAAUUAUAUCAACAACAACAACAACAAAACCAAUACAAACAGCAACAGCAGUGCCGACAACGACAUCAAAACCAACAACAAUUACAGCAAAGAGCCUUUUUUUUCCCGUUGUCAUCAUCAUCACGCCAACAAGUGUUUAUGUAUGGUCAGCAGCAAACGAUACCGUUCUUGGUCAAUUUCGCUUUCCAGCGAUGGCCUAGCAACUUUUACCAGCGAUUCCCUACCCCAUUUCUACUGCCGACACGUUAUCAACUAAACCCGACCAAUAAAAUUUCGCCGCCGGAAACUACUACCCUGCAAAAGUAAUGCACAUAUUUUGAUAUACAAGAUCAAGCGGUGUACGACCGACUUGGCUUUCCCAUUUUUCCAAAUUCAUGUAAACGAUUUAUUCGGAUGCUCAAACCUUUCAGAAAAUCGAUCGAAUAUAAAUUUAGAAUAUUGUAAUUUUUCAACCCUCAUAUCAUCGACGGUGGAGGGCAAUAUUUUUGUAAUGUUUGACGAAGUCAUGCUUAUAUACAUUUUCAUUUAUAUUAGUUGAU